GCCCGACAAUCUUAGUGUAUAAUGGAACAUAGAAGAGACUCAAGCAGGUCAAGGCUUAAUGGAGAUCCUCUCUCAGCUGAAGAGCUACAGAGGGAAUUGGAUCGGACAAAGAUCAAGUUUGAUAAAGAAAGAAAUUAUUUAUUACAGAAAAUAGAACUAAUGGACAUGAAACUUAAAGAAGCCCAAGAAAGGGAACAUAGUAUUGAGAAAUUACAUAAUACAAUGCUUAAGGCUUUUAGAGAGGAUAAUUCUUCAGAGAAGGAAAACCAAAUGGCCAAGCAGUACGAAGUGCUAUCUGAGCAGCAUAAGAGAGAGCUAGCUGAAGCUGAGAAGACCUUUGACUCCCAGUUAGGUCAUUUAACUCAGAAAUAAUGUUGAGCUUCAGGAAAAAUGCACUUCUCUUAACGAAACCUGCACUGGCUUACAAGAUGAAGUCAAGAAAAUGCUUGAGAAAAAUACCGAAUUGGAGAAGGAAAUACUCAUCUUAAAGAAGGACCAAGAGAUCGAAAAGCGCAUGGAAAUUGAAAAAUUUGUUAGGCAAAACUCAGAAGACCGGGAAAACAUUGAUUCCAAAUGGAAAAUUGAAUUUGACAAAGCUAAUGUUGCUCAUAAAGACAAAGAGCAGGAACUAUUAGACAAGCUUUCUCAAGCAAAUGAUGAUAUCCUACUAUUAAAACAAGAGUCUGCUAAAAAUGCUCAGAAUAGUAUAAUAAUGAACUCUGAAAGAUUCAUGAUAAUGAGUCAAGAGAAUGAGAAGCUAAAGAAUGAAAAUGCUAGGCUAAAGAGAAACUCCAAAACUUUUGAAAAGCAAAUAGAGAAAAUGAAGAACGAGCACUACCAGUAUAUGGACUUGGCUAAUGAACAUGAGGAUAUGGAGACUAUUAUCGAUCUAAAUCAGAAAUUAGAAAGAGAACUUGCUCUCAAAGAUGAGGAGAUAGAGGAAAUGGCUCACAAUUUUAACAAUGCUUUGACCGGGGAAAGCAACAAAGUCCAGACAUUAUUAGAGAAAUCUCGCCAAAAUAAGGAAAAGUAUGAAGAGAAGAAGGGGAAGUUGUUAAAGACUAUUGCAGACCAAGAAGAGCAGAUUGAAGGUCUGAAACAACUCUUGAAUAAUAAGAGUUCAAAUGCGAGUACUCCUUCUUCCAAGCGAUUAGGAGAUUUAAAUUUCAAUGGGUUUUCUAAUACAGAAAUGACCUUGUUGAGAAUGUGCCAGAAUAUGGUUGACUCUGCAAGCUUGAUGGAAUGCAGUAAGUGAGGUGUCUCACUUGAGCCAACAGCUUUCCAUGAGCAUAUUGUCAACAAAAAUGAUUGUACAGGGAAUAAUGCAGAUAACUAUGAUUUCACAAUGAGGCUUGAUGAUGAGAUAUCUAGUAUUCAUAAUUAUGACAAAAAUUUAAACCUUCACUCAAACAAGAGCUCUAAAAUGGAACUCAGUAAUUUCGAGUUGAGUAAGCCAAGAAGUUUGAGCAGGAGAGAUUUCAAGUUUGGAGGUUGAAACCAUCAGGUUUCUGGUUCUUUUGUAAGGCAGCUACCAGAUCCUGCUACUAGUUGUCAAAAUUUAGAGGGAAAUUUUAACUCCACCUGCCAAAAUCCAAUGAUUAUGAAUAUGAGCAGGCCUGCUUGUCAAAGUGUAGUUGGUGGUCUCAGUUGUAGUGGGCAAUUCACCCAAGGUUUUGAUGGAAUGCUGUCCCAUCACGGUCAAAUCAUGGCUUCUCAGGCAGAUUUACAGCCAAGCCACACUGUAAGCAAUGACAGAGUAGUCGAAAAACUUGAAACUACAGAACAUAUGCUUAAGAAAAUGGACAGGAAAGUUGACAAACUCCAAAAAGAAAAGCAUGCUUAUGCGAAGCAACUUAAGAAACUUACCAAGAGACUGAGUAGUUCAGUUUCAGCAAGCAGAGAUGGAAUGAUCUUUAGUGCUAGAAAUAGUUUCUAUCCAUCAUCAAAGAAGAUACAGAAGAACAGAGAAGUUGGAGAUUCUGAAAUCAACUUGAACCUCAGUGAUACAAACGAGACUCCUAAGGCAAAGCUUAAGAUUAAGAGUAAAGGAAAUACUAGAUAUAACCAGAUUCCAAAACAAAUAGUUGUAAAUAAAAAGGAGAGUCCGAAGUAUACUAAAAUGUUUGGAAAAUAUGAGCAGGAGCGGGAAAUUAAUGUGGAUAGUAGCAUUGAGAAGACAUCUAACAACUUCACAGCUGUCAAUACGAGUAUAGUCAAACAUGCAGUGGCUAGUCCUGGGGAUGAUUCGAAUGAUUAUGACGAUGAUAUGGAUGAAUCAGUACCAUUUUCAAAACAUCUUUGCUCAGAUAAAGAAAACCAAAAUACUUUAAAAGAGCACACUAUUAAUAACAAGGAAAGAUUUAUGAUUAAAAAGCCAAGAAAGCUUGUAAAAACAAAUCGAAGUGAUUUUAGUAAUCCUAGGAAAAAUAUUCUUGAUUACCAUUCAAACCCCAAAGUUUUGAAAAAUGUCAGGAAAAUGGUAUAA